AUGGCAGCAAGCAGUGCAAACACCGAGGCCCUCGGGCUGACCACGCAACAACCACUGGCGGGCCAGAGCCACGGACGGCAGGCCCGGAGCAUCAGCGACCAGCUCGCGCAGCAGAUGCGCAGGAUGGCCCACGUCAAGGACACCCUGGGCCAGCUUGGUGGCCAAAUGGCGACUUUGGCGGAGCGGCACAGCAAGGCCCUCUCCGACUUCAUUGGGAUCAGCAAGGACGCCCAGCUGUUCGAGGCGCCGCUGCAGGUGGCGACGCGCGCGGUGGCAUGUCCCACGCGCUCAAGGGGAUCACCGCCUCCCGCAGCAACGCCCCUCGUGAACGAUUGCCUCUGGAAGUUGAUCAGAAGUGGGGAGAGGUUGCGAAACUCUCAGGUGACAUUCAGCAGCAGGACGAACACCAAGCGCAGGCUCCACCACCACAGCAGGCGCGUGCAGCUGCAGCGGCAGCAGGUGCUGCAGCGGCACCUGCAAGUGCAGCAGCAGCAGCUGGCGGCAGCGACCCUGACGAGAUCAUGGAGGAGGCUCGCAAGAGGGCGGCCCAUCACGUGA